AUGGCUACCUCUCCUCCUCCGUCGCAUAUCUCGAUGGGUGCUGCGGCUUUUGACCGCGGGGUCCCUUCCUCUGCCGCCGAUUCAGCAGCGAGAGGUGGCGUUUCAAGGCCUUAUGACAGAGAGCUCUUCCUGGCGUUUAUGUCUGCUACGACACGCCUCUUCUGCGACGAUGAGCAAAUUGUGAUUGCUGACUUCCUGGCGCAUGAGGAGAAAGCCUACACUGAACGGGAUCUUAUUGACAGAUUGGGAUGGCCAGACAAACGAGUAAGAGAAGUCUGCGCCUCGCUUGAAAGGCUCUUACUCAUACAAAAAGAGCAGCUUAGUGCCACAAACACACAGGUAUUAUCUGGCGCAAGCGCGGAAGGAGAUGCCUCCUCCAGUACGGCUGGCAGCAACACCGAGUCUUCGCGUGCUCCGCUUCCGGGGGGGGCAGCCUUGUUGGGUUCCACGGCUCCCACUGCUGCCCCCUUCUACUACAGAGUCUCUCCAUAUGCCGUAGCAGUGGUGCAGUACAGGAUUGAGCAUCUGGAUGCCCGCUUGAAGCAGCAGCGUUUAGAGGCGGAGAGUAGAGACGUAUUCGCUUGUCCGCUAUGCGGCCGCCAGUGGGAUGCGUUAGACGCUCAGAGGCUUCGCCUUGAUCCAGAGGAUGCUACAUUUCUUUGCGAGUGUGGUGCAAAGCUGGAGCACGAGGAUUCUAAGGCGGUAGUCGAACAGUUGGCUUCUUUACAGCGGCGAUGCCAGGAGCAGUUGCAGCUGCUGCGUUCCCUGAUAAGCCGCUGCUGGGCAAUGCGCGUACCCGUCUUCCCGCCCUUCACCCGUGCAGAUAAGCACGAGUUCAAAAAGCAGCAAGACAGGAUUAGACAGACAGCAGGAUCUUCCGUCGGCUCUGCAGCAUCCGGAGGUAGCGACUCGCAGCCCAAUGCCUCUGGUUGGCGGCAGUCAGGUAGGCUGUCUGGUGACGGGAGAAAGGGCGCCUGUGAGCUGCACGGUUUCGUUCCUCCGCAGAGCUUCUUUACCGCGUUUUUGGCGUUGCCUAGAUCGAGGAUUCCUUGUGUUGGGGCCUGGCGCGGUGCAGCCACCCGUGCUUGCUAUGCUUCUGGCUUUGGCUCAUGUGUUUCAGGGUCCAGUGGAGUUAAGGUCCAUGUAUUCUCUACGUUACCAGGGCCUGCAGAAGGCGUCAAACGCGCCACACCCGUGUGGCUGCGCAGCGGCGGUGGCUCUGUUUCCUCUGUGCCACCCCUUUCGUCGAAUUCUUCGGCGGCGGGCUUUCAGACUGCGCCGUCGUUGCCUGCUGUCACGGAUAUUCCGGCACAGCCUGCGGGGGGUGCCCUAGAAGGCUCCAACGUGCUUCUUGGGAGGGCGGCUCCUCUCCGCAUGAAACCGAGGGAGUCCGCUUCGGGGUCGUCUCCCGGUUCUUCCGUUGCUGGCGGAGGCAUACGCGGGCACAUCAAGUUCAGCAUGAAGUCGAGCAACAAGCUGCUGGCCAUGCGCGGCACGCCUGCCACAGCAGCAGCAGCACUGCCAGAAGCCUCGGAACGACUGGAAGAGGCUCCAGGUGCUGCGGUGGCGGAAGAGGCGCCGCGUGUGUUCAUUGCCCGCUUAGGCCGCGACUUCACACUUGAAGAGGCCGUCGAAUACCAACUGGAGAUGUCUAUAGAGGAACACGAGAAAUUCAUGGAGCUCCAGUCCACUUACCUGGACGACCUGUAA